UAAUUUGCUUUAACUAUGCAUACCUGGACCGCAAUAUCGCAUGGCCACCCUAAUUGUUUUUCGCCGAGUCUGUUUUCUGUGCUGUUUUGGAAAGAAAUUUGUUAAUUUAUGGCCGAUCAAUUUAUCUCAGAUGGUCAAGGACAACCUCCACCACUGAUGUCCAUACGCUUUGAUCAGCCUGUAGACGGUGUUGCCGCCUCUGGUGAAUUUGCUGCGAAUGGUGGACCUAAUGGAACUGGCGGGGUGGAAAGUGGUGGGACUGGUGAUGAGAAAAACACCACUGAGCUUGUGCUGCCAAAAGCUUUAGAAGAUGUGCUGGCACUCAAGGAUCAACGCGUUGCCGAACUUGAUGAUGUUGGCAGCAUAGGAGAUUUGCAAGCAGGUACUGGUGCGCUGCACGAUGGUGACUUUGCUGACGUAGGGGAGGACAGUGAAGACGAUGGAGAACAUACUUUGAACGGUGGAGGGGCAGAGAAAUCAGGCAAACAAAGCAAGGCAGAGAAAAACAAAAAGAAGAAACGUCGAAAGAAGCUAAAUAAAAAAUUGCGGCAUCAACUUGAGAACGAACGGCAACAAGCACGUGCGUUGGAAAAUGGAGCAAGUGCCGAGCAGGAAGCGACGGAGCAACCAGAAAACGAAGCUGAGGUCAAAAAUGCAGCAGAUGGUGAUGACGCUGAACAGCCAGUUGCAAAAGAAAAGAAGGACAAACACAAAGAUAAACGUGGCAGAAAGAAAAAAGAACGUGAGGACAAGACCAAGCAAUCAGACAAUAAGGAGGACGAUGUUACCAUUGAAUAUGUGCCCGAAAAAAUAACCAUUGCCGAUUUGGCACCUAUGUACCGACAAUUUUAUCGUGUGUUCGAGAUUUUCAAGCUGGAGAAUAAACCGAAGCCUGUGGAAAAAGAUAAAGCAGCACUAGAUGCUGAAACAGCCGCCAAGGACAAGAAGAUGAUAGACAAAAUGAACGACGAUGAUGAUGACGAUAAUGAAGAUGACGAGGAACAUAAAGAGGACAAAGAGAAACUGUCCAAACGCAAACUUAAGAAGCUAACGCGUCUCAGUGUUGCAGAACUGAAGCAGCUGGUCUCACGGCCUGAUGUUGUCGAAAUGCACGAUGUUACUGCACGAGAUCCCAAAUUGUUGGUGCAACUGAAAGCUUAUCGCAAUACAGUGCAAGUACCACGUCAUUGGUGCUUCAAACGCAAGUAUCUGCAAGGCAAACGGGGCAUAGAGAAGCCGCCCUUCGAUCUUCCCGCCUUUAUCAAGAAAACUGGCAUCAUGGAAAUGCGCGAGUCGUUGCAGGAGCGCGAUGAUGCCAAAACGCUCAAGGCGAAAAUGCGAGAACGUGUGCGUCCUAAGAUGGGAAAAAUCGACAUUGAUUAUCAGAAACUCCAUGAUGCAUUCUUUAAGUGGCAGACCAAACCUCGCAUGACCAUUCAUGGCGAUCUCUACUAUGAAGGCAAGGAAUUCGAAACGCGUCUAAAGGAGAAAAAACCAGGAGAUUUGUCCGAAGAGUUGCGCAUUGCUUUGGGUAUGCCUGUGGGUCCCAAUUCUCAUAAAAUACCGCCGCCAUGGCUUAUUGCACAGCAGCGUUAUGGACCGCCGCCAUCUUAUCCGAAUCUUAAAAUUCCGGGCUUGAAUGCACCAAUUCCAGAGGGAACAUCCUUCGGUUAUCACGCCGGCGGUUGGGGCAAACCGCCGGUGGAUGAGAAUGGCAAACCCUUAUACGGCGAUGUAUUCGGCACGAGUAUACUGGACUUGGACAACGCCAUUGAUGAGAACGACAUUGAACGCAAUCAAUGGGGUGAGCUGGAAUCCGAGUCUGAGGAAUCUUCGGAGGAGGAGGAAGAUGAUGGAGAAGAUUUAGGCAAUCAGCAGGAUGAAACUGGAUUGGUAACGCCGGUCGAGGGUCUAGUUACACCUUCAGGCUUAACAAGCGUACCAGCCGGUAUGGAAACGCCCGAGAAUAUUGAGUUGCGCAAGAAGAAAAUCGAGGCCGAAAUGGAAGACAAUGAAACUCCUGUGCUCUACCAAGUAUUGCCCGAGAAGCGCACAGACCGUAUAGGAGCUUCAAUGAUGGCCUCCACACAUGUGUAUGACAUCGGAGGCGGGGCCAAUAAACAGCCACCCACGCGCUCCACCACAGAUCGUGAGGGCAUUGUGGAGUUAGCCUUAGAUCCGAGCGAAUUGGACAUGGAUAAUGAUGCUAUGGCCCAACGUUACGAACAACAAAUGCGUGAGCAACAAAACCAUUUGCAGAAAGAGGAUCUAUCAGAUAUGUUGGCUGAACAUGUGGCGCGCCAAAAAUCGAAACGCAAGCGACAGCAAACAGAUCCAGCCAAGACCACAAAGAAAUACAAAGAGUUCAAAUUCUAGUGCUGCCUGAAGGGCAGGUACGGCAACUUUCCCUAUGCGUUUCCGUCUUUGGCAUUCAAUAGAGGAUUUAGUAUAAAGGAAAAAGUCUUAAUUCAAAUUUUAUUAAAAACAACAUAUAAAGAA